UGAUUGCUCUCUAAUUAUUAUCUGACAAAUAUUCAAGCGUCGAACUCGAAGGUGUGCGUUGGAACGUUGAACGUCUAUUGGCUUUGCUGCUUUAGUAUUGUAAUGACAGUGUUUCGUUUUUAUCUUGCUGAUAAAAUUGUUUGAAUUCGAACAGCAACGGUGAAUUUUCAGCUCAUGACGUCGUCAGAAGAAAUUAUUCUAGAAAGUUCCAACAUGUCGACAGCUUCGAAUGUGGCCAAGCGAGUCGCCGCUUCCAAAGCUGUUGAGUUGUUCGUGGGGGCAAAAACGAAUCUAAGGAUCGGUCUUGGCAGUGGCUCAACUGUCGUCUUUGUCGCAAGUGCUCUUAAAGAAGUGCAAUCCACGAACGCAUCUGCCAUCGUGUCUUGUGUUCCCACGUCUUAUCAGAGCCGUCAGUUGAUUUUGGGAAAUGGACUUCCGCUGAAAAGUUUGGACGAAAAUGACGGAAGUUCCCUGCAUGUUACAAUUGAUGGCGCCGACGAAAUCACAAAAUGUUCCAACGGUGGUUUCGUGGCCAUCAAAGGAGGCGGAGGCUGCAUGCUGCAAGAGAAAAUCAUAGCCGCCGCUGCCGACUCUCUAGUUCUGGUCAUCAGGUCAAACAAGGUCGCCUCAUAUCUGGGUGAAACCUGGACGAAAGGGGUGCCGAUUGAAGUGUUGCCUAUGGCCCACUCUCUCGUGUCCAGAAAGAUUACGUCAUCACUAGGCGGCGAGUGUGUUCUACGCAUGGCUAGUGCGAAGAUGGGACCAAUAGUUACAGACAACGGAAACUUCAUCAUCGACUGGAAGUUUCCUCUGUUACGUAACAACAGCUGCAAUCUCAAUGGUUUGACCAACGGAUCUUCAUAUACAGAAGCUUCAAAAGAAAGAAGCUGCAAAGAUUGGGCUGAAAUUGACAUUUUUCUGCACUCAAUUCCGGGCUUGAUAGAAACUGGACUGUUUGUGAAUAUGGCAAGUGCAAUUGUUAGUUCAGACGAUGAUGGAAACUGCGAAGUUCUCUAUGCUUAGUUAAUACUAUUCUACAAGAUAAACACUUGUUUUAUGUUUCUUUUCUUUAUAGUCUAUCGAGUUUGUAUUUGGAGUAAAAGUGGUAUAUUUUUAUGCAUAGAGUAGACAGUAUUUCUUUCUUUUUGUUUUCGGGAAUUUUAAAAUCUAGCUGAAAAGAUUUUUUUAGAAAAUUUUAGAAGUCAAAAGCAAAUAAUUUCUCCAGAUAUAAUUUCUCUUGCGAUAGGCAAGAGUAUUGCAAUCGGAUGCUAGACUUUUUUAUCGUAAAUAACUUUGUUCACAUGCUCAUCUGGACUCCUGGUGGUAACUUGCUUCAUAGUGA